GCCGCCGCGCACAGUCAUCAUUCAGUGUAGCUGCUUGUCGCGAGUCGGCCGGGUGUCUGGUGGUCGCUACCGCCGAAAUCCGCGAUAGCACGCGUUCGCAACUACAUUGGUGGCUACUGUGUGUGUGAGUGAGAGAGUGUGCGCGCGCUUUGUGUGUGUGUGUGUGUGUGUGUGUACGAUCGUGUGCAUCGCGUACGCUAGAGAGGGUUGUGCGUGUGCGCGCGCGGUCACCGGUGUACAGUAGACGCGAGUAUAAUAAUAAUAAUAAUAGAAGUAGUAGUAAAAUUACACCGAGGUGGGCGCCACGGCGUGAACGGACGUGCUUUUCGAGUGCACGCGUAAAGAGAAAAAAGGAAAUAUAAUACAAAAAUUGAAUAUUUAUAAAAAUAAAAAAUACAUAAAAAUAAAAACCUAUGUAAAUCGAGGCGGCUCUAAUUCGUCUCGUCGCACGGUACCUACAUAAUAUUUUAUUUCGCUGUCAUCUUGGUCGCGAUCGUUCGGGGGGAAACGACGUCGACAGCCGUGCACGCUCUGAAGUUUCGGUGCCGGCGAUCAAAGACGACGACGACAGUACAAUAGUGGCGACUGCGGCGGCGUGUACAGCGACGCGUGAGUAUGCUAUUUAUACGAGAACAACUGGACCGGCGGCGCCGCCGGUGAUACUGUCAUUCCACCGCACAGCAUGGCCUCGGUCGCCGCUUGGCUGCCGUUCGCCCGGGCGGCGGCCAUCGGUUGGGUGCCGAUCGCCACGCAUCCACUGCCGCCGCCGCCGGUGCCCAAGGACCGACGGAGAAUAGACGAUGAGAAGCUACUGAUCAACGUCUCGGGGCGCCGGUUCGAGACAUGGCGGAACACGGUGGAAAAGUACCCGGACACGUUGCUCGGGUCCAACGAACGGGAGUUCUUCUACGACGAAGACUGCAAGGAGUACUUCUUCGACCGGGACCCGGACAUAUUCCGGCACAUACUCAACUACUACCGUACCGGCAAGCUGCAUUACCCGAAGCACGAGUGCCUGACCAGCUACGACGAGGAACUAGCGUUCUUCGGCAUAUUGCCAGACGUCAUCGGCGACUGCUGCUACGAGGACUACCGGGACCGGAAGCGCGAGAACGCUGAGCGGCUGAUGGACGACAAGUUGUCGGAGAACGGCGACCAAAACCUGCCGCAACUCACCAACAUCCGGCAGAAGAUGUGGCGGGCGUUCGGCAAUCCACACACGUCCACCGCGGCGCUCGUCUUCUACUACGUCACCGGCUUCUUCAUCGCCGUGUCCGUCAUGGCCAACGUGGUGGAGACGGUGCCAUGCGGCCACCGGCCCGGCCGCGUAGGCACACUGCCAUGCGGUGAACGCUACAAGAUCGUGUUCUUCUGCCUGGACACGGCCUGCGUGAUGAUAUUCACCACCGAGUAUCUGCUGCGGUUGUUCGCCGCCCCGGACCGGUGCAAGUUUAUGCGCAGCGUCAUGAGCAUCAUCGACGUGGUGGCCAUCCUGCCGUACUACAUCGGACUGGGUAUCACGGACAACGACGACGUGUCCGGCGCGUUUGUCACGCUCCGCGUGUUCAGGGUGUUCCGGAUAUUCAAGUUCUCCAGGCACUCGCAGGGGCUUCGCAUACUCGGCUACACGCUCAAGUCGUGCGCUUCCGAACUCGGGUUCUUGGUGUUCUCGCUGGCCAUGGCCAUCAUCAUAUUCGCCACCGUCAUGUUCUACGCCGAAAAGAACGUGGACGGCACGAACUUCACGUCCAUUCCGGCCGCCUUUUGGUACACCAUCGUCACCAUGACCACGUUGGGGUAUGGUGACAUGGUACCCGAAACAAUAGCUGGAAAAAUUGUCGGUGGAGUGUGUUCACUAAGCGGAGUGCUUGUUAUCGCACUACCUGUACCAGUAAUUGUGUCUAACUUCAGUCGCAUUUACCAUCAAAAUCAGCGAGCAGAUAAAAGAAAAGCUCAAAGAAAAGCACGGCUAGCUAGGAUAAGGAUAGCAAAGGCCUCUUCGGGUGCCGCAUUUGUGAGCAAAAAAAAAGCGGCUGAAGCCAGGAUGGCGGCUCAAGAAUCUGGACUAGAGCUUGAUGAAAAUUACAGAGAAGAAGACAUAUUUGAACUGCAGCAUCAUCAUUUGCUUCGAUGUUUGGAAAAAACGACUGAUAGAGAGUUUGUGGAGCUCGAAGUGCCAUAUAAUGGUCAAUCAAAAAGGCCAUGCUCACCGUCUCCCCUACUGAGCCCUAGCCAUUCGGCAUUAAGCAGGGUGAACUUCUUAAGCUCAUGCUGUACAAGAUGCUGUAAUCAACGGUAUCAGAAGCACAAGCGAGAGAGCUCGCCGGACUCGAUAGGCGAACCCAUCAACGAGGAGGAGCUGAUCGAGGUGCAGAUGAAGCAGCGUCACACGUCAGCGGCCGCGGCGCCCGGCGGCGGCAAGUCGAGCAACUCACUCGACUACAACAGUUGCGACAUGCCGUCCGCGUCGGCGGGCCACAAGUCGUCGGCCGCGGGGUCACCGUCCUCGGCGUCCGCUUCGGCGGCCGCGACCACUGCGGUGGCCGGAAGCAGUAGCGGCGCUGCUGGCGGUGGCAGCGGACCAGCCGGCGGAUCCACUUCCGUGAUGUCCGUGCAGGGCUGCAACAACCCCAACUCGAGCACGUCGUCCGUCGUCGUCAACCUGCCCACGUCCUAUCCAAACUCGGAAAUGGACUACGGGUCAGCCUCGUACCCGCCGUCCCCGUCGCUGUCCUCCAACAACGACAAGCCGCAAGUACGCAUCACGUUCCUCUAGCCGCCGUCCGACUCCGAACCAUAAUAUAAUAUUUAUUGUUACAUAACUGUUCCAUUUCGUUUUUGCAGUUGUGCGCGUGUCGUAUCGUUUGUUUGUCGCAUAGACUAAUUCUGUCAUUACUAUAAUAUUAUAUUUAUUAUAGUACAUUUUACGAUGACAUAAUAAUUUUAAUAAUGAUGAUCGCGAUUAUUAACAUUAUUAUUGUUAUCGAUACUAUCGUUGUUACUACUAUGUUUAUAGGUAUUAUACACCUGGCUAACCCUAAGUAUAAUAUUAUGAUAGGUGUGUCCCCAAGUCGUUAGUCCGGCAUGCAGUCCCGUCGAGGGCGCACACGUGUCUCAUAAAUUGCAGUUUUGGUGUACCUAUGUCCUAAAUUAUAUACCUAAUUCGUCGACACCAUCACAGCCGCCGGGUUAAUAACGAUACCUGGGUACUCGAUUUGAGAUAUAGAUACUGUUCGGACGUGUAUUAUGAUUGUGGACAUCGUGUCCAGCGCCGGUCGCGCGAUUGUGUGAUUUCCGAUCGAAAUUUGAAAAUAGUAUAUUAACAAUUUCCCAAACACACAAACACACACGUAUAUUGUACAAUGCCUACGUCGUUACGAUGACGUGCAUGACGGCAACUAUAAUGAUGAUAAUGUGCCGGGGCUUAUGCGGAAGUAUGAUUCGCGUGACACUUUAAACAUUUUUAAAAACAUAUUGGGCUUCACAUUUAAUCUGUAUUUUCUUUCUGUAUAAUAGUCAAAAUAUAAUAAUUUAUGUUAGGUGAUAUUUCCUUAAUAGGAAAAAAAACUGUGUGACGCCAUUGCUUUUUGUGUACCUAGUAGCUACCUACGCGCGUCGUAAAUUCUACCCAGUCAACACUCAACACCUACGUAGGUGAACAACGGUUUGUCGCUUCAAGUCACUCAUUGCGCCAACGGGAAAACCACCCCCCUCCACCCACCCACUUCCGUCCACUAACGAGUAAAUACUUACUGACUAUAAUACUGUCCUUUCAGCGCAUAACAACAGUGAUUAUAAUAAUACGGCUUGUGUGCGAACCGAAUAAUGAAUACUCCUAACACGUAGGUAUAAUAUAUAUAAUUAUUAGGUACCUACGUGCGGGAUACAGUGUGGUCUGGUCGAACUUGGUCCCGGUCACAUCAACAAUUCCCGUUCGCUUUGUGUGCGUGCAAUUUUAAUCGAGCAAAGUCCGAGUGGGGUUGAUGGUGUGGAGGGUAUGAAAUAAUAAUGCGUCGACUAACAGCUGAAACCCGUCGACGGGUGGCUCGUGUCAUUACAUAUUUAAUCGUUAUUAGGGCCUGUUCUAAAACAUAGAUACCAUAUUCUAACUAACAAUCUUUUCAAACAUUAUAAUCGAGAGAAAUCGAUGACUCCAUAUUCAAACAAACGACCGUUUCGGUAAUCGCAGUGAUUUUCAUUCAAAACUAUGAAAUUAAAACCAUAAAAAUGCAUUCAAACAAAACGCACUAUUAAUUAUCAUGCCUCAAUUCGAAAUGUAUCCACUGCUAUAAUAAAAAUCUUCAAUAACGUUAUUCAACUUAUACAGGUAUCAGUGUACCUACCGUACUGUAUUGUUUCGCAUUCCCUUGUUCGAUUAUUUUGAGAGAAAAUUGUGAAACAUAAGCUAAAUUUAAAAUCGACAAUACGCAAUAAUUGGUUCAUAAAAAAAUUUUAGAAUUUAUCAAAUCUGUUCUGUUUGUAUUUUUCAGUUACAUAACUCAAAGUGUGUAAAAGUGAUCUUAUAUUUAUCUGCCUUAGGCUCUACACCUUGACGGUAUAAUACCAAAAUAAUAUUGGACGAUUUGAUUUGUCUUUCCACCCCGCCACUUAAAUCAGCCCUAACGCUCCUUGCCACGAUACAAGUCUUGUCGAUAGAUGCCCCCCCUCCCCCCCGUGAAUUAAACUCUCGCAAUAAUUGCACCAAGUAUAUUGAAAAGGUGUAGACACUUUUUAUAAUAUGCAUUAUGCGCAUUCCAAUAAGCACGCGUUGAUAAACCAACCAAGUCCGAGUCAUAAUACUAUGCAGCAGUAUAUAAGGUGUAAAUAAUUAAAAUUUUCUGUAAAGUGUAAUUUAAAAGCUAGUUUCCAAGUCACGGUGGGUGACGAUGGAUUUUGUUAAAGUUAUUUCAGAGGCGACCAGCGAAUGUAAAGUGCUACACGCCUGUAUGUGAAUACCAUGAGCUAUCUAAAAACGGAUGGCAUCUGAUUUUAAUUUUCAAAGUACUUAGAUUUUCUUAAAAGCCCAAAAUUACAUCAGUACUUUAUAAAUUAUAAACUUUGAACAUUUUUUUUUAAUCUGAUACAUUUAACCAUGAGUAUAUAGUUAUGUGGUUCUAAAUCGAUGUUUUCGAAAAUACACAUUUUUAAACUAAACGUUUUUAAAAUUAAUUAGUAGGUAUUUCUUUGGUAUUUUGUAGCUUAGAAAAUUGUUUCCUGUAAAUUGUAAAAGUGUUUUCAACUACAAAAUAUUAAUCAAUUAUAGAUUAGGUGCCUACAUACUUUAAAGUCUUUCAGUCGUUGAACAAUCAGCUUACGUUUUAUUUACUUACUUACAUUUUCGAUCUUUUAUUAAAAAUAAAAUGAUAAAUAGGUACCAAUAAGUACUAAAUAAUAGUAUAUAGUAUGGUUCUUUUCAGUGACGGAAAAAUUUCGGUGAUAUCUAAAAUAUAUCUGAUCGGAAAUAAUAUUUAUUUUUAAAUUUUCUAUAAAUCCUAACUCUUGCGUGUUGAAUAUGUAGUGAUAUAUUUUUUUAAAUAUUGGCGACUUCAAAAACAUAGCAACUAGUCUAAACUAAAUUAAACUUGUUAUAAAAUGUUUUUUUACAAACGUGAUUAUAUUUUUUUUUUAGAUUUGAGUAGGUAUAGUCUAUAUCGUUUAACAUGCAGAGGAAUUAUUUUUCACCAUCCAUUUUUGAAAUUUACAUCGUAUAAAUUAUAAUUAUAAUUUCUUCGGGGCUUGUGUGGAUAAGCUGAUCUAACAAGACCUGGAAUACUAGCUCGAGUAUGGAGUGUGUAUAAACUGAAAACGACAUGUUCCUUCAAUAAUGGUAUAUUGUAAGAAAAUUUGUAUUUGUAAAAAUAGUACCUACUACCUAUGUAUGAUGAAUUUUUAAGAGUGCUCUUCUGAAAAUCGAUUUAGAACCCUUUUUAUAUUUUUUAUACUUGACCCACGAAAUGUUAUUGACUCGAGUGAAAAAUUGGGACGAAUUCCAAAACAAUGUGGUGUACUGGCACGUCGCCCUCAGUGUGCAUAUUUUAAUUUACUUUACUUAUCCUAUAUAACACCUGUUCUCGCCAAGGACUCUGGGCACCAGUUAAAUUAUAUUUCAGUUACAUUACUAGGCUGUCGAUAUUUUGUAAAUAUAUUAUGAUUAUUGUUUUUUUUAUUACUUUAUUUAUAAAUUAAAUUAUUACGACUAAGUGAGAAAUUCAACGUCGAUUUAAUACAAACUAUCAAUUAUCUUUAUUAUAGAUCCUGAGUGGGAGCAAAGAAGCUAUUAGUUUUACAACAAUGUGGGUUUUUUUUUCGAAAAACACUUUCUUUUUUUCGAAGACUAUAAAUUGCAUGUAUGUUUAUUAUUUAUCGAUUUGACCCAAAUGGUAUUUUGAGUUUGUCAAAAGUGAAAAAUUCCCAAGAAAUUUUUUAGAAAAUUGCGAAAGACUGCAAAAGCAUCAUUCGACCUAUUUGUUCUCGACAUUAUUAAAGCAUAUAUUUACUAUCAUAAUAUUUUGAUCAUACCUACCGAUAGCUGUUCCUAUAUUAUAAUAUAUUCCCCAAACUUUUGUAAUAUAUAUAUAUAU